AUGUUCAAGCGGUCGUUCGCCUCGGCGAAGGACAGGGCCGGCAAGGCGCGGAAGAUAUCCAAGCGCUCGUUUCGAGACGAUGCCAAGCAGAGGUUGCGCGAGCAGUUGAACAAUGCCAGUCCCGACACGUCGCCUUCGAUAGGCGGGUGUUCCCCCAAGCUCAAUACUGCGAUCGUUACGAUUGCAGUGGGCAAGGACCAGCGUUUGUUUGCCGCGCACGAAGAUGUGCUUGCACGCUCGCCUUGGUUCGCCGAGGCCUGUCGUGCGCAGUUCUUCGAAUCCCCUGGCCAGCGGCGUAUCUCACUUCCAGACGAUGAGCCAGAGGUUCUCAGUGCCGUUCUCGAGUUCCUCUACAAGGGCGACUACUACCCGCGCUUGCUGCAUGACAGAAAGCGCAACACGUGGUCGCUCGAGGAUGGCCAAGAACCGUCAACCAUCACCUCCAUGUCUCCCCGCAUGGAGUCCGACCCGAAGAAACUCGGUGGCCUUAACGAGUUCGCGUCAAUCUACCAUCACGGCGUGGGCGACUACAUCCUUCGGGAUACGGCCGUCUACUGCACUGCCCUGAAGCUUCAACUGCCAGACCUGCAGCGCCUUGCUCUUCGCAAGCAGGGUCUGCAAUCUGGCAUUGACGUGGCCACCAUACUGCGCAGCGCACGCUUCGCUUAUGCGAACACGCCCGCCAGCGACUCGCGCCUCCGCGCCCACUAUCUCGCACUCAUCAUCCGCAGCCGCAAGACCUUCAAGCGCAGCGGCACAAUGCAGAUGGAGAUGGAGAAGGGCGGUACGCAGUUGUUUUUCGACCUCUUCGUCGCCCUGUGCAACCACUGCGACGACAUUGCGGAGCUUGGCACCGGCCGCUCUCCACAACUCGACAAGUGA